AUAAACACUUCCCAAUCGCCAUUGUUACUCUGUUUUGAGAUCUCCCUCCACGCACAUAUCAUCAGAUCUACACUUCCCACUCAAAAUUUUCCAGAAUUCCCAAAUUCUUCUCUGUAUAUUUCCUCUAACACUCUCGAAUUCACUCCCUAACUUGUGAUUUAAAACAAGUCUUCUCAAAUUUUGUUCAUCUCCAGCUACAAAAAAAAUGGCGCAGCAAAAGUUCCUUCACCAGCGACCAAUCCAAAACCCAUUCACAAACCCAUUCUCUUCUUCUCCUCUUUCCACUUCUUCAAUCUCAAAUCGUCCAAUCUCUCUACUCAGCCGCAACGGUCUCCUCCUCCUUCUCGCUCUCCUCGUUAUCCUCGGCGUAUUCUUACCCUGGGCAGGAUCUCCUUUAUUCCCGUCUCCAAACAAACUCUCUCCUUCUCAAUCCAAAUGGCGCGACUAUUCCCUCCCUCAAGCUGUCAAAUUCGUAGCUAAGAACGGGACUGUGAUCGUAUGCGCCGUUAGCUAUCCUUACUUGCCGUUUCUCAACAAUUGGUUGAUUAGUGUUUCUAGACAGAAGCAUCAGGAUCAAGUUCUCGUCAUCGCUGAGGAUUACGCUACUCUCUACAAAGUUAACGAGAAAUGGCCUGGUCACGCCGUUCUCAUUCCUCCGGCGCUCGAUUCUCAGACCGCUCACAAAUUCGGUUCUCAGGGAUUCUUCAAUUUCACAGCACGGAGGCCGCAACAUCUCUUGGAAAUUUUGGAGUUAGGUUACAAUGUUAUGUACAACGAUGUUGAUAUGGUUUGGUUGCAAGAUCCGUUUCAGUAUUUAGAGGGAAAGCACGAUGCUUACUUCAUGGAUGAUAUGACUGCAAUUAAGCCUUUGGAUCACUCUCAUGAUUUACCACCUCCGGGUAAAAAAGGAAGGACUUAUAUUUGUAGCUGUAUGAUUUUCUUGCGUCCCACUAAUGGCGCAAAACUUCUCAUGAAGAAAUGGAUCGAGGAGCUUGAAACGCAACCUUGGUCCAGAGCUAAGAAAGCAAAUGAUCAGCCUGGUUUUAACUGGGCACUUAACAAAACAGCUAAUCAGGUGGAUAUGUACUUGCUUUCGCAGGCAGCUUUCCCAACAGGAGGAUUGUAUUUCAAGAACAAAACAUGGGUUAAAGAAACAAAGGGAAAACAUGCGAUAAUCCACAAUAACUACAUAGUCGGUUUUGAGAAGAAGAUCAAACGUUUCCGUGACUUUAAUCUAUGGCUAGUCGAUGAUCAUGCUUCCGAGUCUCCUUUAGGGAAAUUAGAGUAAAUUCCAAUGGCAGAAAAAGAUUUUUUGUCGCUCCAUCUUUCUUCUUGUUAUUGGAAUAUUCAGGCUGCAGAAAGGAAGAAAGAUCCAUCGAGUAAAUUCUUUUACAUUUUUUGGGGGUCUUUAAAGUCAUGUGAAGAGGUGUUGUUAUUGGCUAAUUCAAUACGAGUUGAGUUGAAUUUGGUAAUGUAGACUACUAGAAUUGGUAUUGGGUCUGAAAUUUCUUAAAUAAUCGAAACAAAUACUGACAGCUAGCAUAUGAAUACGAGGGUCCACAAGAGUAUUAAACAUAUUUAUUUUGAAUUAUAGUUGGGUGUUAUUUCCACACUUUAUAACAUGUGACUAAUUUUACAAUCUAAUAGACCUUUUGGAGGAUGCUGC